UCACCUUGCUCAGUUUAGCGAUUCAGGCGUACUUCACGUUAUUGUCAGCACAACGCAAGUGCUCGCUCGAUUUUUUGUUGUUUGUCAAAUCAAAGUGUUCAAAGUACGAAGUAAAUAGUGUUCAAUCGGUUUUGAGACGAAAUCGUCGUAAAACGAGACGCAAUGGAAAAUCCGGAGGAAAUCCUACAUAGUUUGGAAGAGUUCGCAAAACUAAAACCCAAGGACAUUCCGCGCGAACUCGAGGAGUACUUGUGUUUCGUGGCUAAAACGGGGGACCCCGUUUACCAAUGGUCCGCUAUUAAAAGCCUUUUUAGAGAGAAAUUGAUUAACGUUAUCACGGAGUUUUACGUGUCGUGUCCUUCGAUGGACAUACCGCCCUGCCCAAAUGUCGAAAUGUUUAAUUACGAUUCCAUGAAAAAUUUUAUUUUAGAAAAGUUAGAUACGUUUACUUCGGCUCCUUUUACUGUACAGAGAAUAUGUGAAUUACUAACAACUCCACGGAAAGAAUAUAAUAGAAUAGAUAAAUAUAUGAGGGCCUUAGAGAAGAAUAUUUUAGUUGUUAGUACGAUGGAACCAGGUACAAGGAGAAAUGCAGAAAACGGCGAUGGAAUAGUAAAUGGAAUAGAAAACGAACAUUUACCCGAAAUAAUAGCGAUCGCAACUGCCACAAACGAUAUGAUGAAAGACAUCGAUUACAACGCAUCAUGGCCUCGUAUUAACCAAGAAGAACAAGCUUUUAUAAACGUAGAUCGCCCCACAAGCGAACAAUCCUCUUCUUCAUCAUCAUCUUCAUCCUCCUCAUCAACAACAUCCGAAAUUAGCCCACCUCAAGAAUCUAGAAUUAACAUAGACGCGACUACUUCCACCACAGAAACGGUUAUAACUUGUUCUGUUACAGAAAGUUCAAGUACAUUAACCAUUCCAGCCAUAAUAAUAACAGAAAGCGAAGAAAGUUUGGAAAAACCCCUCGAAAAUGUUGAUGAUAACGUCGACGAUGAAACUCAAAGCGUUCCAGCACAAGUACAGAAAAGAAGAAAUAGUAUAGAACCAAUUACGACGGAUGAUGAUAACGCAGUAAGCGAACCAGUUGAGAAAAUCGAUAAUCUCGAAUUACAAAACGAAGCUGUUGUUUCAUCUUCGGAGACGGAAAGUUCAAAUUCAAGUUGUUCAAAUGAUACUGUUCAAACUGAUGCUUCGGAUAAAAGUGAAAACGAAGAGAAUUCUUCGCAACUAACCGAAGAGAAUCAAAAGAUUAAUGUCGAUAUUGAUGAAACUACCUUAGAUGAACCAAAUAUAGAAGAAACUACUAAUUUGGAGGAACCAAAUAUAGAAGAAACAAACUUGGAAGAAACGAAUUUGGAAGAAACAAAUUUGGAGGAAACUGAUUUGAGAGAUACGAAUUUGGAGGAUACAAAUAUAGGGGAAAAAAAUUUGGAACCAAAUUCACAAAAAAAUUCGGAUAAAGAUGAAGAGGUUAAAGUGGAUGUUGAAGUUUCAAAAGACAUAAUUGAUGAGAAAGUUAAUUUUGUAACUGUCACUCCUCCGGAUGAACCUGUAAAAGAAAUGGUGGUUGAAGAGUGUCCAACAAGUCAUAAUAAAAAAGAAACGUCAACAGAAUCUCCAAAGGUGGAACAAGACCAAGAGACCAUCGAAAAUAAACCAAACCCUGUAUUACAACACCAAGAACAACCAGAAGAAACUCCAAUGGAAGUUGAUGUUGAAAAUCCAGAUUCAACAGAUAUUACUUCUGAUGAAACAGCUUCCGUUUAAAUAAGGCAUUUACCAAAAGUGAAAAAAAAAAAUGAAAAAAAUCGUAUCUUAAUAAUGUGGUUAAUUUUUUAAUUUUUACGUAAUUACUAGCUAAUAGAUCGUUUACCUGAGGAUUUAUAAGUGCCUAAUUAUUUUAUUUCCGAUUCCCAGUAAUUACUAUCUACCUUUUUACUUCAGUAUUUAUUGUAGCUCGAUUUUCCGUUUUUAUCAUUAAGAAUUUAAGUUGUAAUAAGCAAUAAAGUCCCUCAUUUGUCACAAGAA